GAACCAAACCUUGUCGUUCACGUUCUUGACCCUCGCUGCUCUCCGUAGUUACCGACAUCACAAAGAUGGCCGCCUCCGCUGGCCGCAGUGAAGGACCUGAACUAUCGAAAGCUGAAUACUUAAAACGAUAUUUAUCUGCGGAUGAUGAUUCUAAGAAAUCAAAGGGGAAGCUUAAAAAGAAACGACGCAAGCUUCCGGAGAGAGGACUAAAAAUAGUAGACGACGAUAUAGACUGGAAACAGAUGGUCACAGAGGAGCAGGAGGAUGAAGAGGACGAAGAGGAGGCUCCAGUGAUUGCUGAGGUGAUUGAUGAUCGACCAGAUGAGGUCAAACAGCUGGAAGCCUUCAAAACCAAUAGAUGGAAAGUGAUUGGAGCUGAUGAAGAUCAAGACUCAGACAGGAGUCAACAUGACUCUCCAGACGCAUCUCCUACCAGACAAGGUCGCCACGAUUCUCCUGACAUAUCUCCUUCCAGACAAGGUCGCCACGAUUCUCCUGACAUAUCUCCACCCAGACAAGGUCGCCACGACUCUCCAGAUAUAUCUCCUCCCAGGAGAGGUCGCCAUGACUCGCCAGACUUGUCGCCUCCACGUCAACAGUCAAUGAAAUCAGGGAAGAUACAAAGUAAAGAUUCUUCACCCACUAGAAGACAGCCAAGUAAAAAACGUUCACCGGAUCCUCAUGGGUCACCACAGACAAAGAAGGCUCAGAACAGACAUGAUUCAGACUCUGAUCAAUCUCCUCCAAGAAAAAAGGCAAUAAAGGGAGAAGCUAUAGACCUCGACCAGUCUCCUCCAAGGAGGCGCUCAAAAAAAAAACAAGGACCUGAUACUGAUCAGUCUCCACCCAGGAGGCGGCGAAAAAAUGGAAGGGACUCAGAUGAAGAUCUGUCACCUCCUCGUAGGCCUGGCCAGUCACAGGGGAUGCUUUCUGGUGGAAUGGCAGGUCUGGUUUCUGUAGAUGUUUUAAGGAAAGAGCAGGAGGAGAACCGUCGCAGAGAAAGAAAGAACCAGCCGCUAGAAGAUGAAUCACGUAAUGCCCAGACCGUGUUCCGAGACAAGAGUGGUAAAAGGAGAGAUCUGGAUUCGGAGAGAGAAGAACAGAAGAGGAAAGCCGGAGAAAAAGCAGCAAAGGAUGAGAAAUAUGCUCAGUGGGGGAGAGGGUUGGCCCAGGGCCAGAUGCAUCAGCAGAAACUUGAGGAUGCAAUGCAUGAAGCCCAGAAGCCGCUGGCACGUCACCACGAUGACGAGGACCUUGAUCGUCUGUUGAGAGAGCAGGAAAGGGAGGGAGAUCCGAUGGCUGCGAUGCUCAGACGGAAAAAAGCUCGGACCACAAAUAUGCAAGCAAAACCUCAGUAUAAAGGCCCAGCACCACCUCCAAACCGAUUCAAUAUUCCACCAGGAUAUCGCUGGGACGGAGUUGACAGGUCAAAUGGUUUUGAGCAGAAACGCUACACACGGAUGGCAGAUAAAAAAGCUGUCCAGGAAGCGGCUUAUAAAUGGAGCGUGGAGGACAUGUAAUGGAAAUCUGAGGCUGAUGAAGUGGGAGCAGAGCUGAGGUGCUGGGCUGAUGAACUUCUGUACAUUUAGUUGAGACAGAAAAUCUGUGCCAGUGAAAACUACAGCAGAUUAAAUUCAGCUGUGAAACCAAGAAAGUUUUUUUCACCAAUUGAAUUGCUGUACAUUAGAUUAUAGACUGAUAAAAUACAAACUUCAUUGUACAUAGCAGAGGGUUGACAGUAUCUUUAUGAUUUUCUAAGAACUGAUUCAAUGUGGAG